UGGAAAUGCAACAGAUCUCUCAGUCAAAUAAGCAUUUAGAAGACAAAAUGAAAGAAGAGCGAGGAGAAGACUUAAGAAAAAUUAUAUCAGAAGCAUUGGCUGAAUUUAUUGAAGUGGAACCCCAAGAGGUAGCUUACCAAAUUGAUAAAAUAUAUAGAGUUAACUCCUGGAUUGCAAGACAGAGAAAGCUUCCUCGGGACAUUGUGGUUUAUUUUGUGAAAAGGACUAUGAGAAAUCAGAUUCUGCAAGUUUCAUAUCAGACAACUUAUAAAAUUGGAGAACAGGAGCUGAAGGUGCUGAAAGAGAUUCCUUCAAAGAUGUUAAGAGAUAGGAAGGAAUUUGCUUUUUUUACACAAGAACUUAAAAAACAUCAGAUUCAAUUCAGAUGGGAGGUGCCAGUUGGACUGACAGUAUUCUAUCAAGGAAGGAGAUAUAGAAUUGACACUGUUUUAAAGGCAAAGGAUUUUCUUUCUACAGUUUUGAAAGUCGAAAUAGAAGUGAUAGAAAAACUUCAAGAGAUUCAAGAAGGCGUGGUGAUCCAAGAGCCUUCAUUGCUGCCAGUAUUAGAGGAACCACAAGAGCAAAGGGUGACAAGAGGAGCUCUUAAGCGUAAAGAAGAGCAACAGUCUCAAAGUAAAAGUCAGGAUCCCAGUAUGGAAGCUGUGGGAGGAGCUAGACGGAAGAUACCGGAGGAGGAGCUUCCGUUGUCUGCUUCAAAGCUUCAGGAGGCCAGUAAUGGCAAAUAGAAUUUUGUCAUGGAAUGUUAAUGGC